GUGUCGCGGCCUGAGCCCCCCCUCCUCCGCAAGCAUGAAGGACAGCGGGGACUGCAAGGACCAGCAACUCAUGGUGGCGCUCAGGGUCCGGCCCAUCAGCGUGGCAGAGCUGGAGGAAGGAGCCACCCUCAUCGCCCAUAAAGUGGACGAGCAGAUGGUGGUUCUCAUGGACCCCAUGGAGGACCCCGAUGACAUCCUGCGGGCACAUCGCUCCCGGGAGAAGUCCUACCUGUUCGACGUGGCCUUUGACUUCACUGCCACCCAGGAGAUGGUGUAUCAGGCCACCACCAAGAGCCUCAUUGAAGGUGUCAUCUCAGGCUACAAUGCCACCGUCUUCGCCUACGGCCCUACGGGCUGUGGGAAAACCUACACCAUGCUGGGCACGGACCACGAGCCGGGCAUCUACGUUCGGACCCUCAAUGACCUCUUCCGUGCCAUUGAGGAGACCAGCAAUGAUGUGGAGUACGAGGUGUCCAUGUCCUACCUGGAGAUCUACAAUGAGAUGAUCCGGGACCUGCUGAACCCCGCCCUGGGGUACCUGGAGCUGCGGGAGGACUCCAAAGGGGUCAUCCAGGUGGCGGGCAUCACCGAGGUCUCCACCAUCAAUGCCAAGGAGAUCAUGCAGCUGCUGAUGAAGGGCAAUCGGCAGAGGACCCAGGAGCCCACGGCUGCCAACCAGACGUCCUCGCGCUCCCACGCUGUGCUCCAGGUGGCCGUGCGCCAGCGCAGCCGGGUCAAGAACCUCCUGCAGGAGGUGCGGCAGGGCCGCCUGUUCCUGAUCGACCUGGCGGGCUCCGAGCGCGCCUCCCAGACCCGGAAUCGCGGGCAGCGCAUGAAGGAGGGGGCCCACAUCAACCGCUCCCUGCUGGCGCUGGGCAACUGCAUCAACGCGCUGAGCGACAGGGGCAGCAACAAGUACGUCAACUACCGCGACAGCAAGCUCACCCGGCUCCUGAAGGAUUCACUGGGGGGCAACAGCCGCACCGUGAUGAUCGCCCACAUCAGUCCUGCGAGCACCGCCUUCGAGGAGUCCCGGAACACCCUGACCUACGCUGGCCGCGCCAAGAACAUUAAGACCAGGGUGAAGCAGAACCUGCUCAGCGUCUCCUACCACAUCGCCCAGUACACCAGCAUCAUCGCUGACCUGCGGGGAGAGAUCCAGCGCCUCAAAUGCAAGAUUGACCAGCAGGCUGGGCGGGGCCAGGCCCAGGGCCAGCUGGGGAGGGGUGACAUCCGCCACAUCCCAGCAGCCGAGGUCCAGCUGCACAGGGGGCAGGGCGAGCAGGACGAGAUGGGGCCGCUGCGGGAGCAGCUCAUCAGCGCUUUCCAGGAGCAGAUGGAUGUGCGCAGGCGCCUGCUGGAGCUGGAGAACCAAGCCAUGGAGGUGCAGAUCGAGACCUCCCGCCACCUGCUCACCAUUGCCGGCUGGGAGCAUGAGAACUCCCGGCGGGCCCUCAAGUGGCGGGAGGAGCAGAGGAAGGAGUCCUACACUAAGGACGACAGCGAGAAGGACUCAGACACCGGCGAUGACCAGCUGGACAUCUUGGAACCACCUGAGGUGGCCUCGGCCCGGGAGAGCAUCGCGGCCCUGGUGGGCAAGCAGAAGCAGCUGCACAAGGAGAAGCUGGCGCUGGAGCAGCGCUGCCGGGAGCUGCGCGCGCGGGGCCGGCGCCUGGAGGAGACGCUGCCGCGGCGCAUCGGCUCCGAAGAGCAGCGCGAGGUGCUGAGCCUGCUGUGCCGCGUGCACGAGCUCGAGGUGGAGAACACAGAGAUGCAGUCGCACGCGCUGCUCCGCGACGGGGCGCUGCGCCACCGCCGCGAGGCCUUGCGCCGCCUGGAGCAGCACCGCAGCCUCUGCGACGAGAUCAUCCAGGGUCAGCGGCAGAUCAUCGACGACUACAACCUGGCUGUCCCCCAGCACCUGGAGGAGCUCUACGAAGUGUACCUGCGGGAGCUGGAGGAGGGCAGCCUGGAGCGGGCCACCAUCAUGGAUCGCGUUGCCUCCAGGGCCCUACAGGACAGCUCCUUGCCCAAAAUCGCCCCAGCAGGAGCCACACUGACCCCAGACUCUGACCUGGAGAGCGUGAAGACGCUGAACUCGGAGGCUCAGCACCUGCUGGGCAGCACACUCCCGCCCCUGGGGACGGACAGUGACGCCCACCACGUGUUCAAGGCCAGUUCCCGGGCCUGGCAGGUGAAGAGCUCCUCUGUGCCCACCCCGCCUCCCAUCCAGGGUGGCAGCCUGGUGACCCAGGAGGCCCUGCCUCCAGACAGCCUGGGUAGCCAUAUCACCUCUUCCCCAGACAGCAGCGAGAACCUGUCAGAGAUCCUCUUGUCCCACAAAGAGAGGAAAGAAAUCCUGACUGGUACCAAGUGCAUCUCGGUGAAAGCUGCCCGGCGGCGCUCUCGGGCCCUGGGCACGGAGGGGCGCCACCUGCUGGCGCCUGCCAUGGAGCGCAGCAGCCUGUCCCUGCACUCUCUGAGCGAGGCUGAUGAUGCCCGGCCACCAGGCCCACUGGCGUGCAAGCGGCCACCCAGCCCCACGCUGCAGCACGCUGCCAGCGAGGAGAACCUGUCCAGCAGCACAGGAGAGACCCCGUCUCAGGCGGUUGGGCAUCGAGGUGGUGGCCCCGGGUUCUGGCUGCGCGGCCAGAAGAAAAGCCCAGGCAAGAAGAAGGAGGAGUCCCUGGAGGCGAAGAGGAGGAAGCGGAGGUCCCGGUCCUUCGAGGUCACAGGGCAAGGGGUGAGGUGUCUGGGUACCUUCCUUGUGGGUGGUAGCUCAGGGCUCGCUUCUUCCAGAGCCCCAGGGCACUUCCAGCCCUGCACACCCUGGGCUCCGCCCUCCACCAGGCCUCCGUCCCAGGCUGGCCCAGGAGCCCGGCAGAGCCCUGUGUCAGACCCUCAGGCAGUGCCUGGCCUCACCUCACUGUUCCCCACCACCACAGCUCUCCCGCCCCAAGACACACCUCCUGGGGCCCCGGCCCUCAGAGAGCACCUCGGACCACAAGACGCCAGUGGGUGGGCACCCAAGCCCUGGUGUCAGGCACCUGGGAAAGGUCACGCUGCCUUUGGCCAAAGUCAAACUCCCCACAGGCCAGAACACAGGCCCUGGAGACCCUUCAGCCCUUACUGUUCCCCCCAACCCAGCUGGAGUUUCCCGAAGGGUUACUCGUGGACCCCACCUGCCCCACGGGUCAAGCACGCAUGGCAAAGAUGGACGCUUCCGGCACAACUGAGGGCUCCUGCCUGGAACCAGCUAUUCUGCCCCCAAGGCUGAAUGGGGGGGGGGGUGUAACAGGGAAGGGGAACUGGACCCUGGGCAUUGGGGGUCAGGUGGAGCAGGAGCUCAGAAGGUUGGGGCUCCUGAGACCCAAGGGUUGCGGGGGUGUCUGCGCAGCCUUCCAUGCUUCCAGUGCUGCAGGGAAGGGAGGCGAGCCCAGAGCCCCCCAGCCCUGCUCAGAACACUGUUGCCAAAACCCUGCACACACCUGGGUUAGUCCUGGCCUUGGCGAUGGGGGAGGGAACUGCAGUGGGAUGGGCUCCUGGGCCCACACCUGCGGCCAGGGCAUUUGGAUGGUUGGGGAGGGGCUGAUGGUACUUCACGGGUGAUGGCUGGAGGUGGGGAGGGAAUCUGGUUUUGUUACUUGGAUAUGGCUUUUUUUUUUUUCUUCUUCCUUUUUUUAACAAUAAAAUCCCAUUUGGUUUGA